AUGACCGAGAACCCAUCGCUUAUAAACAGAGACUAUAAUUACUUGCUUAAUUUUGAAAGAAAGAUUGGCCUUGGGGUCAGCGAUACCAAACAGAACGCAAGGGUCAUGUUUAAGAGACACGCUGGUCAGAAUAAAAGGCAAAGAAUCGAUAACACAGACGCCAGAGUCACGAGAGUGAAUAAGAUGUUCGACUCCCCUAAUUUUGCAUUGAAACGUGACAAUGUUUUGGUAAUCUCCCUUCCUUCAGGGAUGUCCCGAUCAACUCAAAAUAAGUCCGGCUACGACAAGAAAGCUGGAACAUAUACAUGGACUGUGGAGUGGGUGCCUGUCAACGAGGAUGGGCGCCAAUUAGCAAGCUUCACGUCUUUUCGCAUAAAAGAGGAUGCUAUUCUUCGAGAUGCCCUUUCGGUGACCCCGUUGGCUAAUGCCAUAGGUGUUGAUCCCGAAAGCGUGGAGAAGGAUAAGAUUCAAUUCAGUAUUGAAAAUGUUAUAAGCAUGGGUAAACGAUCCGUCAUCAAGUUGAACCCAGAGGAGACUCUUGCUAAAGCUCUUGCCAACAAGGUUGUGCUUGAGUAUCCGAAGUUCUACGUUACUUUCUCCCCAGAGACAUGGCAAGAGUACAUGGAGGAAGAGAAGGAUGCAUACGGCGUUGACAGUGAUCUGGAAAGCGAAAGUGAUUCAGACUCAAGCUCCAGCGACAGUCUGUCGUCCGAUAGCGAUUCAGACUCGUCAGACUCGGAUGCUGAAGCACCUGAGGAAGCCUCAUCGAAGAAUCCUGAACCCGAAACACUUGCUCCCCAAAGCAUCACGGGAUUGAGUAGCUCUCUUGCAUCAUCGGAUAAAGAUGAAGAGGAGGGAUUUUCUGCAUAA